UCACCUGGCUGGGGGCGGAGCUUUGACACGGCAGUGGUGUCCAUAUUUGGAGCGCGCGGGCGGAUGGGCGAGGUCACCUGGCUGCGGCCGCGUCACAGCCGAAACUACCUGCUGAAGCUCGUUUCCUCAAAUCGACACCGACAAGUUUAAAUAAUAAUCUCGGGGCAGGAGGCAGCGCGGUUUUCGGACUCUCCGAUUAAAAGGAUUACCUUCACUAUUCUUUCUUCUCGACCACAAAUGGAGUCUAAAUGGGACCUACGUUUGGGAGUUGUGUUUCUUUUACUCCAGGUCCUUUGCUGUGGAUCUGGAGAAUCGACGCCAUGUUCUUCAGGGUUUGCGUCUGAUCUUUUCCUCUUUAGAGUUCACAGAGAACACCUGCACAGGGGCACGAGACUCGGCACAGUUGUUUUUAAUGACUGCAAUGGAAGAACACAGACAGUCUUCGACUCUUCCGAUAAGCGGUUUCACGUAGCUACGGAUGGCACCGUGAAGCUCAAGAGAUCGAUCACUCUUCAUGACGGCCAUAAAAUGUUCUCCGUCCAUGCUUGGGACUCCAACGGAAUGAAACACACUACGUCGGUAAACGUGGAACAUCUGCGUCGAGCUGGCCAUCACCAUGGGCUGCUGGAAGACGAUGUGGCAAUUGAGCCAGUGCAGCCCACUUCAGAUCUCUUGUAUAUGGAGUUUCCAAGAGCAAGUGGGUUGCGGAGGAGAAAGAGAGAGUGGGUGAUUCCUCCCAUCAAAAUCUCAGAGAAUGACCGAGGCCCUUUCCCUAAGUCGAUGGUGCAGAUUAAGUCCAGCCAUGCCAAAGAAACACAGAUGGUGUAUGAAAUCACAGGUGAAGGAGCAAACCAGCCUCCAGCGGGACUUUUCACAAUAGACAAAUACACUGGAAUGCUUUUUGUGUCAAAGCCUCUAGACAGAGAAGCGAGAGAUAAAUAUGUGCUGCAAGCACAUGCCAGGUCCGUUUCUGAUGGCAUUAAAGAACCCGAAAUGGAGGUUAUAGUCGAGGUAAUCGACCAGAAUGAUAACUCACCUGUCUUUACCCAAAAUCCAUUUAUUGGAAGUGUACCAGAAGCUUCAAAAAUAGGAUUUGAGUUCAUGGCGGUCAACGCCACCGAUGCAGACGAGCCGAACAACGACAACUCCGAUAUCCGGUUCUCCAUCAUCAGUCAGCUUCCAGCAGAGCCAAAUCCAAACAUGUUUGCAGUCAACCCCAUCACUGGGGCGAUUCGAGUGAAUGCUGAUGGUCUGGACAGAGAGAAAUAUCCUCAAUACACGCUGGAGAUUCAAGCAGCAGAUAUGCGGGGGGACGGUCGCCCGGUCAUGGGGAAAGCUGUUAUUACCGUAACAGACAGCAACGACAACGCACCUCAAUUUGAGCAAAACUCGUACACCGUGUCUGUCCCAGAGGAUAAAGUGGGAGCUUUGGUAGUGAAAAUGCCAGUGACUGAUGAAGAUGAGGUACAGUCUGAUGCCUGGGCAGCAACGUUUAAGUUCGUCAGUGGUAACACAGGUGGAUUUUUCACUAUUGCCACGGGACCAAACCAACAAGAAGGCGUCAUUACAACCGCCAAGGCAUUGGACUUUGAGAAAAACAACAAAUACACGCUGGUGGUGGCUGUAGAAAACACGGUUCCGUUUGCCAAACCUUUGCCUACCUCAACUGCCACGGUCAUCGUGAACGUGCUGGACGUGAACGAGGCUCCAGUGUUCGACCCGCCAGAGAAGUUCAUUUCUAAACCCGAAAAUACACCAGUGGAUAGCGAACUGACCGUGUACACCGCCACCGAUCCGGACACCAUGAAGAAGCAGAUAGUGACCUACCGUAUAAGCAGCGAUCCUGCUGGAUAUCUGAAUGUUAAUAAAGACACCGGACUAAUUAAAGUCAAGAGUCCAAUGGACCGGGAAUCUCAUUUUGUGAAAGAUGGCAAAUACAGAGCUCUAAUUCUAGCUAUUGAUAACGAUGAAGUUCCAGCAACUGGUACUGGUACCCUUGUAAUCGAGUUGGAGGAUGUAAAUGAUAACGCCCCAGUAAUUACAGAGAGGGCCGUCACGUUAUGUAAUAAGGAGACGCCUCCAGUGUACCUGUCGGUGACUGAUAAGGAUGGGCCUCAGUUUGGAGCUCCUUUUAGUGUCAAGCUGGAAGGAGAAAGCAAUAACAAUUGGACUGCCAUUAUGAAUGAUUCUAAAACAGGGAUCAUACUUACACUCAAACCGAAGCCUCAACUCGACUAUGGCGUUUACAACGUCGUUCUGAGGGUGUCCGACAACCACGACCUCUCGCAAGACAACAGCGUCGAAGUCACUAUAUGCGAAUGCACGGGAACCGACUCUACCUGCCAAGACACAAGGGUAGCCGAAUUCGGUCUCACCGGGGUGCUUGGAAUUUUGGGGGCCAUCUUGGCUCUGUUGUUGCUGGUCCUCCUACUCCUCCUGUUCUUAAGAAGAAAAAACACUAAGAAGGAGCAGCCCCUGUUAAAUGACGACGAUCUCCGCGACAACGUGUACUGUUAUGAUGAAGAGGGUGGUGGAGAGGAUGAUCAGGACUAUGAUCUAAGUGUUCUGCACAGGGGCCUGGACAACCGUCCCGAUGUGUUCCGUAACGAUGUUGCUCCCACCUUCAUGCCUGCUCCACAAUAUCGUCAACGGCCUGCAAAUCCAGAGGAGAUCGGCACCUUUAUCGAUGAUAACCUGAAGGCGGCAGAUAACGACCCCACUGCUCCUCCAUACGAUUCCCUGCUGGUGUUCGAUUAUGAAGGUGGUGGAUCAGAGGCAGGAUCUCUCAGCUCCCUGAACUCCUCCAGCUCAGGUGAUCAGGACUACAACUGCCUCGGCGAAUGGGGACCGCGUUUCAAGAAAUUAGCCGACAUGUACGGAGGUGGAGAGGACUGAGGAGGAGAUCAGGAGGAGCGCUUUUGGGGGAAAUGGUCUGGUGAGGCAUGAUGAAGCACAUGGUGGGAUGAGCUGUAAAUACGGGACAGUUUUAGUUUCCAUGUUGGCUUAUGAAUAGUAUCGGGACGCCACGGUCCCAAACAGUCCAAAAACGAAGACCUGCUAAAGAAAUCGCUUUUUUUUUUUUUUUUUUGUAUUUGUUAAUGGAUGAACUUUUCUGCAUGGUUUUCAAAGCACUGAGGUACAAUGUUUAACAAUCAAUAAAGUUUUAAGAAGUGUUUAUUCCCCCCAAAUUUAUUUUAUUUUUUAUAAUUUUUAGGUAGAUUUUAUGUUGUCAUUUUCUGUACCGUUUGAGCGAAUAUUUCUGUAUAGACAUUUAAGUUGUAUGUGUGAAUUUUACUUUUUUAUAUUAAAUGUUUCACUGUGUAGCUUUUUUUUCAUUUCCUUUUUUCUUAAGGAAAAGUUAGCUUAUUGAUCUUGGCUAUGCCAUUAAAAGUUAUUUUGGAGCUGGCCAGCAA